UGCGUCAUGAAACAGUGCUGUAGACUGUGCCUUAUAAAGCCUAGGGACCGUUAAUGUCAGAUCAUUACGACUUGUUGCAUUCUUCCAGUUAGACGGCGCGCAACACUAAGAUAUCAACCUACAUGAUGGCCAUCAUGGGAUAUUCAGCGGUGCUCCUGGGUUUUUCCUGGGUUGCCUCGUUCACGAGUAUUGGAUUUGCAGCAAUUUUACCAGUCAGCCACAUUGUUGAGAAUUCAUUGGACGAAUCUGCAUUUAGUGGUAAUGAGAAAGGCAGGGGAAAUUUCGAGCAUAAAGACUGGGUUAUGGUAAAAGAGAUGCCUCCGAGCAUUAUAAGAGCUUCGCCUGGACAAAGGAUUGAACUUGAAUGUACAGUUUUCGGCAGUCCUGUGCCCCAAGCACAAUGGAAUCGCGGGGUUCAACUUAAUCAGAUAACUGUUGGACCAAACGAGUUUGAAAAUUCUGGAGAAUACCAAGGCGCUGGAAAAGUGACUGUGAGGCAUAUCAUCGACUGCAUUCAACCACAUCACCAAGGAGUUUAUACCUGUACAGGACAAGCAAGAGAACAAUCGAUCGCUAGUGAUCCAGUGUCAAUCAUAGUCGAAGGUAGAGGCAUACCAUGUGGUCAAGAAAAAAUGUCCAGAGUAACUAAAUGGAGUCCAGUUUUGAUGCAAAUGAUGGGUACAACUGUGGUAAUUCCGUGUUCGGUUUCUGGUACUGCACCGUAUAGACACUACUGGAAGGACAACUAUAACCGGGUUAUUAAUUUCGACGUUGACCCAAAGCAUAAGGUGGGGCCGGAAGGUGAGCUGAUAUUGAAUAGCCUUAGUUGGUCGGACAUGGGUGAAUACACUUGUGUCAUCGAAAAUUCAGUUAGCAGAGAUUCCGCUUCUACAUUCCUUUAUCCUAUGUUGCCCAACGAUGUUUAAAAUGUAGCUUCAGAAAUUGUAGGGUUCCGUUUUAUUAUAGAAAAAAAAAUAUUAGCAAGAGUAAUUUCUUUUCAAAUACAAUGAAUUAAAAUAAACAA